GGCGUCAGGCGAGCAGACGUGCCGCCGAGCGGGCAGAAUCUCUCGGCGUUUGCCUCCUUCUUGGCACCGCACAAAGCGAGGCUGCGGGGCCGGCUGGAUGCCGUGUGGCAGCGACCGCCUCUCUGCCACCAGACCGCCCGCCGAGCUGGCCUGGCUGCUCCCGGGCUCGGCGCAGCCUGAAGUUCCCGGCGGAAGACCGUGUCGAGGGUUAUUUUUCCAGUAAUUUGGACCUUUUUGAAGCGCCCGAUUGCCUAAUGCCAUGAAUAUUGCAGUGAACAAUGCGGAAGAAAAAGCUGUCCAUUCCUGGUCGAGAAUUUCCUCUGCGGGACACAAAGUGCUGGAGGAAGCCCUCCGAGUCUUCAACCCCAUGUCCAAGGACCUCUCCGACACGGAGACCCAGCUGGUGGCCUUCAUCCAGGGCCUCAAGGAGGAGGGCUACCAGCCCACGAUCCUGAGGAGCAAGGAUGUGUACGGCUACAGCUCGUGCACCGCGGACACUCCUAGCCAGACGAAGGAGAGUGCGCCACGCGGCUGCGCCGCCGAUCCCCCGAGGACUCCGGCUAGAAGCACCGUGGCCAAGGUGCCCGCUUCGCCCACCCGCCUUCCCCUGAACCCUCCCAAAGUCUCCGCCCCGCCGGUCUCCAAAGGGGACUCCACGAACCUGCUGCUGAGCUCCUUGAAGCAGAGGAGAUCCGGCACGGCCAAGGCCUCGGCCGUGGGCUUUCCCGCCAGCAUGUAUCCCGACGUGUACCCGGCGGUGAGGCUCUCCGUGGUGCUGGAAACGCUGGUGCCGCUGAAAACCCCCGCCUCCCGGCUGGAAUCCAAGCUCACGCGAGGGCCUCUUGGGAUCUCGCCCUCGGACCUUAAACUCCUCAAGGCUUCCGGCCCGCCGAGGCAGUUCCCGUCAGGCAAGGCCGCUAAAAUAUCGAAAGGUAAGAGGUACAAGCGGUUGGAAAAGAAAGCCCCCGAUUCUGCCACCCUCACUUUAAAUCUUCUGAAGGGACCAAAGGGUGGAGUGCUGCAGGAGAGCAAUGCCUGCAAAGCCUCGGGGGUCCUGAACGGGAGAAUCACGGGCAGCUCAGCCCAGGGCUGCGCCGCGGCACCGCCGUCCAAGGCCUUGAAAAUCAGAGCUAAGGAAGCCCUGGUGCGGAAAACGGAGUGGAAGGGUGGCAGCACUUACCAGGAGACUGUCGGGCAGAAGAGGAAAAGAGCUGCAGAGGCGAGAGAAGCACCGCAGAGGAAGAGGUCGAACGCCGUUCCUGUCCAAAGUAAGUCUCGACGGGCUCAGAGCACUUUGAACCUGCUGAAAUUCCGGGCCAUCAAGGUGGGCAACUCUUCUUCCGACGACGAAGUGAGGAGGAGAGCACAGAAGAUUCUUCGAGUCAACCUGUCCCCCGUGAUCCGAAUUCAGCCCUUGUCCCGCUCUCACAGCGUCCCCUGAUUUGCUUCACUUUGUCACUUUUUUUGUAAGUAAUUAUGCACGAGCCUGACACCGGGGCGGGGCGAAGGUUGAGAGCGACUUUGGGGCUCUGGUGUCCGGUGAGGAUACGCCGACUAACCUGCGGACGGAGCAGCCUGCUCGUGCUGCUCCUGGCUGUCCUGCUACGCAGAACUGACUGCACCAGCACAAAACCAUGUUUAGGAACAGGGGACGCUGCCUCUGGCCCGCGGCGAGCCGAGCAGGUCGCUUUUUUUUUUUUCCUCUGGGCUCUUUUCUGAACGUGGCAGGCCGUGCUCUCGCGCAGGGGCAGAACACGUGACUUUCUCAUGACAUGGAUGCACUGUGAUAACGCUCUUUUUUCAAGCUGUACAUUUACUGGUUUUAUUUUGAUCGAAUUUUAUAACUUUAUUAUCUCUAUAUCUGUAUACCCGUACGUGUGCGCACAGCCCAGGAGCUGUGGGACGAUGCGCUUCCUCCAUCCCUGCGGGGUCGGGUCCGAUAGCUUUUGUUCCCCUUUCCCGUCAGCCAGUCUUUUGUUGGAGGUGCCAGGAUUUCGUUGUGAGUCAGUGUUGUGACAGCCUGUUCUGGGCGUGCUCGGACGGCUCGGCAGCAGGCGGAAUCGUAGCCACUUGUUUGUCUCUGGAAAUGCCAAGCAACUUGCAGAAAUACCAGCUGACAGUCGAAUAUAGUUUUAAUCUUACUUUCGGUAUUACCUCUGCGUUAAAAAGUGGGGGAGCGUCCCUGGGCUGCUGCCUGCGGGUCUGCAGGACGUUUCCAGGUGCCUCCUCCGUUCGUCGGUAGCAGAAGCUCUGGAAUCACCUCGGGGAUCUCCCUCCAAAGAGCGAUUCGGCCGCAGAACCCGGUGUUGUUCCGCCCUCCGGUGCCCCCGGCGCGAACGUAGAACGUGAACUGUGCCUGCGGCAGCCUCGGGGCUGGGGCUGUUGAGCAGAGCUGCUUAAAAAGUCCUGCCCGUGACGUAACUGCUUGGACGCGUCGGGAGCGGGUUCCAGGUGCUGGUAGAGGAGACACCCGCAGUGUCUGAACGUAUGGGACGCGCCCCACCGGUAUCCCAGGGGGAUAUUUGGGCCCGAAUCAGAGCAGAGGCGUUGAGAGGAGCACUUCAGUUACCAGCACUUAGGCGUGGAGAGUUUCUUUGUGUCGGUUCGUGUGGAUGAAGCAGUAGAAGGGAGAACGGCUGCACGGGGCUGGAGAGCGGCUCUGCCGACCCCUGGGGCGCUGCGGGGAGGCGUGGGGCAGGUGGGACAGCUCGGCGAAGGCUCAGCCCGUCCCCAGGAGGCACCCCCAAACCGCUGCUGAGGGCUUUUGCCUGCGCUGGGGCGAGAACAUGGACCACGCGCUGGAGGAGGUCGGGUGUGCAAGCUCGGGUGGAGCUGGGGCGUCCCGCGGGGACCUGCGCAGCCCCUGCGGAGCCCGGCGGCUCGGGGAGGGGGCCUGGCCCCGCACACCGCGGCGCUCGGGGCUCCGCAGCAGCAGGCCAGUAAUCAGUAAUCCACUCGUUCCCUCACCAGCUCCAAACGCCAGUUGUCUGACCUAGUAAUCUGUGCACGUCGGCCGAAGGGACGAGCUCUGGGAAGCCGCAGCUCCGCGCGCGUCGGCUCCUCUCCAGCACCCGUCCGGAUUUCAGCGCCUAACAGGAGGGGUCGGUGCCUGAUCCCCAGCUCGGAGAGCGAGGCUGAGGCAGGGAGAGGAGUUUGGCGAGGGAGCGAGAGGGCGGAGGAGCUGCGUGUCCCGGGGCACAGCCCAGGAGCGCGGUGCUGGGGGAGGCUCGCCCCGCGAGGCGAUGGCAGGCUCUGAAUCACGCGCUCGGCUCCGAGCUGCUGUCCGGGAUCGCAACUCGCAGUGUUCGAGACUGACCUGUGAAUGCCGCUGCUUGGCUGCGGAGCAGGAGGGAAUAUUUUCUUCUGCUCCCGUGUCUUAAACUGCCUUGGCAGAGAGUUCCCUUCCCUGACAUGGUGCUGGAUGAGCAGGGACCCUCCAUCCCUGUCCACUGGCCAAAAAUCGCUUUGUCCCUUUUGUUCCCAUCCCGUCAGGCCUUUCUCAUUCCCACGCUCUCAAAUGCCAGCUCUCAGCUCACGCCGGAGUUUCUCUUUGUGGCCGUGUCCCGAGGAGGGCCCUGCGGUACCGCUGCUCUCGUGGCUCCCCGCUCCCGGCCCCAUAUAAGGGCACCCGGAGCUGUCCCGGGGCCUCCCUGUGCACCACGAGACGUCCCCGCGGGGCGCCCGGGCUCCUCCGGGACGAGCAGCUGCUCACCAGCAGGGCCGAACGCAGCCCGAGCGGGAAGCCUGAACCUGAAGCCAACUUGUCUGGGUGCAUCCCUCGCCUUCCUCGUGUUUCUCGCCCCCGCUGCGCCACUCCCUGCCCCCCCCACUCUCCCGUCACCCCUCGUGUUUUGCACUUUGAGGCUUUGCCAGGCGAGGACUCGGCUCGUGCUGCGUAACCCAUCACACGGAGCACGCCGCUGUCACGCCGCCCUGAGCUCUGUGAGCGCUGCUCUGCAGGGGGAGGCAAGUGGUGGAAGUGUCUAGGGCUGCGCUGGGGGACCAGCAGCGGUCAGUGCGGUCGCUGUUGGUGUUCCUGCACGCCGGUAACGCAGAGCACCGGGCCCUGAGCUCACCAGGCGGCGCUGGAGCUCGGGCUCGUGUCUGCUUUGCCGGUUCUCUGCCGUCCUGAUGUCUCCCCUUGCCCGUUGCGGAUGAGUUUGGAGCUUGGCUGGAGUGAUUGCAGCCUGGUGUUCGCAGAGAGGCUUUGUGGCUCCGGUGCCAGUGUCAGCAGCUCUGCCUGCCGCUGGCUCUGCCGCCCUUCGUCUCGUGGUGAGGCACAGGCAGGAGGCUGCAGGGGGGCCGUGCCGUGCGCGCUGCUGCCUCGGGAAGGCCAGGCGGGUACCGAGCAAGGCUUGCCUAAGACCUGGCCUCGGCAGAGAUCCCCAGAGGUCCCUUCCACCCGUAAUUAUUCUGUGGCAAGUCGGAUCAUUUGCCUUGCGGGCACCUGCAGCAGCGGUAACGGCGUGGCGCGUGGAAAAUGUGUUGCCCGGAGUGGCCUGGUGCGUGCCGCGCGCGGGUUGUUCAGACCUGUUGCUGCGUUAGUCACUUCGAAUUCAUCCAAGUGCCUCACCUGCGCUGCUCUGGGCACCGUGACAGCCGAGAGCUGGGGAGACUGCAGAACGCUCGUACCACGUGGAUUCCUGCCACUGUCACUUCUAGCAGUGAGUCAGGCGGCGGUCAAAGGGCUGUUCUUCAGACUGAGUUUGUGGAAGUCGUUUCUUCUUUUGUUCAGCUGCCAAGAAGCAAGAGUUUCUGCUUCGCCUCCACCAGACAAGGGCCGUCAGCUUCCUGCGUGCCCCAGAUGUCCGUCAGCGAGGUCCGCGGGGAGAGCAGCUUGUCCAGCGGGGAGCUGACAUCAGACACCAGGCUGAAAUCCCACUGUCCGCUGGUAGAAAAGUUCUAAAGCUCAUGUGCACUGUGAUCGCGUUUCACCGUCUGCCACUGCUUUCAGCUGGAGACGUUUCUCCUUGGCCUCUUCCCUGCGAGCCACGUAGCGUGGCGCUGCUGCUUCCGAACCGUUGGCGUUCCCCCCCGAGAGCCAGCUGCAGUAGUGAUCCUGUACAGAAUUUCUUAAGCACUUUUCCACAAAAUAAGGGAUUAUUUUGUUACUCCUCUUUUGUAGCCCGCCGGUCACCUGGGUUUUCCUCGCGCAGAGUCCAGCGAAGGGCGCCGCAGGGAAGUCAGGGGCAGAAUAGCUCCGGGGAGCGGUGCCACACGGCCCAGCCGGCUGGGUCCCCGUUCGUGCCGUGCAGGGCGGGUGGCUGAGCGGGGCAUGGGCCGCUCGGGCGGUUUGGUGUGUCUGCGGGGAAGCGACAGCUUCUUUUCUCCUCGUGGCUGGCUCCUGAGCUCUGUCCCUGCCCGUCCCGCAGCGGUAUGCCAGGCACGGGAGCUGCGGGCUCCGGAGAGCCUGGGCUGCCCUGCUGAAGCCAGCUCCUCUGCUCUCCUCGCCCCCAGCGCCCAGGAGCUGGCCCCGCUCCCCGGCUGCCGGAGCGCCCCCGCGCCUGCAGGCUGGUGCCCUCUGGAAGCCCUCGCAGGGAGGGCAGCGCUUCCCUGCGUGAGCAUCCGAAACGACUUCCCCUGCAGGGAUGAUUAGGCCUUGCCCCUGGGGGAGUCCCUUAAAGGCCUUAUUAUCCUCCGGGACUCUCUCCUUGUUGUCUUAAUUAGCCCUUUUGGUUCCUGUCGCUACAGACAGCCCCUGUGAGAGUCCUGUGAUUCCCACAGCCCCGGCCAGGCACGCGGCGCUGUUACAAAAGAGCGGGUGCUGCAAAGCUACCCCCGAAAUACCUCCCCUCCUCCCCGGGCACAGCCUGCAGAGCAUGGCGCUGGGGAGCGCGCCCCCGGUCUGUCAAAAACCCCGAGGCCCGCGACGGGACAAGGCUGCAGCGUUCCCGGGGAGCCUCACUCCUGGCGCGGAGGCACGGCAGCGGGGCUGCGGGACGCGGGGCUCCGGGUCAGCACGGGCUCCUCUCCACCAGCCGUCACCUCUCAGAGAACCGCCUCCACGCCGCAGCGCCCUGCUCCGCUCCAGCCGGGACCGGUGCCGCCAGCUCGGCCGCUGGUGGUGCCCAGCACCGGGGAGCCCCGGGUGGCACGGGGCAGCAGCCACCUGCCGUGCCCAGGCUGCUGCCGCCAGCUCCAAACUUUUGUAUGGUGAAUCCGCAACAACUGACCAUCCAUCUCGUUCCCGAGUGAACUUUUUACUGUUUCAUUUGUUUGUGUAGAAUGUUUCCGAAGGUAUAUUUAAUGUUUAAUAUGAGGCUGGGCUGCUCCGCACUCCGUGUUGUAUAUUUUGGAAUGGCAUUGUUGAGCGAAAAGACGGCGUUAGUGUUAUUCCACUCUCAGGAGGGAACGGGACAAAAAACAGCCUGUCUUUUCUCUUAAAUGAAGUGAACUUUUUGUUAUGAAGUCCUCGUAGGUGUCCAGCCCUUCAGUAAAAUGGUGCUCAGAACCGC